AGACUGCAAGACCCCUGGUUUCUUUGUGAGGCACGGAAGCUAGCCGAAGGAGAGGCCCCUGUCGUCACCUAUCAUGCUGUCAAAUAAAAAAGAUCUUGGCUCUUCCUCGUCAUCAUCGUCGUCAGGAGGAAAUGGGGCUGACCGAUUACUGGAGGCCCCUGCUGGCCCCCAGCCAGCCGUAACAGGUCCCACAGGAAGUUCAGUGGAGAUAAGAAAAAAGGAGAGGGCAUCUCCGAGUGGGGAGACAAGUGGAGCACCCCCACAUCACCCUCCUGGCUCAGGGGCAAUCGAUCAGGACUCAGCUGACGGUCGCAGAACUAGUCGUCGUAAGAGGGCCAAAGUGGAAUAUAGGGAGAUGGAUGAGAGCCUAGCUAACCUCUCAGAAGAUGAGUAUUACUCGGAGGAAGAAAGAAAUGCUAAAGCAGAGAAAGAACGAAAGCAGGUGAUCCCUCCUCCUGCUCCACCCAUUGAGGAGGAUAAUGACAGUGAGCCAGAAGAACCUUCAGGCUUAGAGGGUGCAGCCUUUCAGAGUCGUCUCCCACAUGACCGAAUGACUUCACAAGAAGCGGCUUGUUUUCCUGACAUCAUCAGUGGACCACAACAGACGCAAAAGGUCUUCCUGUAUAUCAGGAACCGAACGAUUCAACUCUGGUUGGAUAACCCAAAGAUCCAGCUCACUUUUGAGUCUACAGUGCAACAGUUGGAGGCCCCCUACAACAGUGAUGCUGUCUUGGUACACCGAAUUCACAGCUACUUGGAACGACAUGGUCUUAUUAAUUUUGGCAUCUACAAGAGAGUCAAACCUCUACCAAGUAAGAAGACAGGAAAGGUGAUAGUGAUCGGUGCAGGUGUAUCUGGCCUUGCUGCUGCAAGGCAGCUGCAGAGUUUUGGCAUGGAUGUCACUGUGCUGGAGGCUAGGGAUCGUGUUGGGGGAAGAGUGGCCACCUUUCGGAAGGGCAAUUAUGUAGCUGAUCUUGGAGCAAUGGUGGUCACAGGCCUGGGUGGAAACCCUAUGGCAGUUGUCAGUAAGCAGGUGAAUAUGGAGUUGGCCAAGAUCAAACAGAAGUGUCCUCUCUACGAGGCCAAUGGACAGGCUGGAGAGAGAUGCACAAGUGUUCCUAAGGAGAAGGAUGAGAUGGUGGAGCAAGAAUUUAAUAGGCUGCUGGAAGCCACAUCAUACCUUAGUCACCAGCUUGACUUUAACUUCCUCAAUAACAAACCUGUGUCUCUGGGGCAAGCCUUGGAAGUGGUCAUACAGCUGCAGGAGAAACAUGUGAAGGAUGAACAAAUUGACCACUGGAAAAAAAUUGUAAAAACACAAGAAGAACUCAAAGAGCUUCUUAAUAAGAUGGUUACCACAAAGGAGAAAGUUAAGGAGCUUCAUCAGCAGUAUAAGGAAGCAAGUGAGGUGAAACCUCCCAGGGACAUUACAGCAGAAUUCCUGGUCAAAAGCAAACAUAGGGACCUCACUGCCCUCUGUAAGGAGUAUGAUGCACUAGCCGAACAGCAGGUGAAACUUGAGGAGAGAUUGCAGGAACUAGAAGCAAAUCCACCCAGUGAUGUGUACCUGUCAUCAAGAGACAGGCAGAUUCUGGACUGGCACUUUGCAAAUCUUGAGUUUGCCAAUGCAACACCUCUCUCUACUCUCUCACUCAAACACUGGGAUCAGGAUGAUGAUUUUGAAUUUACAGGGAGUCACUUGACUGUAAGAAAUGGCUAUUCAUGUGUUCCAGUGUCUCUGGCCGAGGGUUUGGACAUUAAACUCAACACAGCUGUACGCCAGGUGCGCUACACAUCCUCAGGCUGUGAGGUAAUUGCUGUAAACACGCGGUCCACCACACAGACGUUUAUCUACAAAUGUGAUGCAGUACUAUGUACUCUUCCUCUGGGGGUGAUGAAGCAGCAGCCACCUGCAGUGCAGUUUGUACCCCCCCUCCCUGAGUGGAAGACAUCUGCCAUACAGAGGAUGGGCUUUGGAAACCUAAACAAGGUUGUACUGUGUUUUGACCGUGUGUUUUGGGACCCAAGUGUGAAUUUGUUUGGCCAUGUAGGGAGCACCACAGCCAGUCGUGGAGAGCUCUUUCUCUUUUGGAAUCUCUACAAAGCCCCUAUUCUGCUUGCUCUAAUGGCUGGAGAGGCAGCAGGCAUUAUGGAGAACAUUAGUGAUGAUGUCAUCGUAGGUCGAUGUCUGGCAAUUCUGAAGGGGAUCUUUGGUAGCAGUGCAGUUCCUCAGCCGAAGGAAACAGUAGUGACACGUUGGCGUGCUGACCCCUGGGCUCGUGGUUCCUAUUCGUAUGUUGCUGCUGGUUCCUCUGGAAAUGACUAUGACCUAAUGGCCCAACCAAUCACACCUGGACCUGCCAUUCCUGGGGCUUCACAGCCUGUUCCUCGGCUUUUCUUUGCUGGAGAGCACACGAUCCGAAAUUAUCCGGCUACAGUGCAUGGAGCCUUGCUGAGUGGCCUGAGAGAAGCAGGGCGCAUUGCUGAUCAGUUUCUUGGAGCCAUGUACACACUGCCACGGCAGAGCGCUCCUGCUGCCAACCCACAGCCAUCGCCCAGCGUGUAGGCACAUACACUUAUUCACAGCUCUAUCCCAGCAUGUAGAUGCCUGUGAGUAGUGUGUAUGUACUACCCAGUGAAAAGAUACACAGCCUUCACCUAAAGUAAAAAGACUCAGCCAGUCAGAAUAAAGAGAGAUGACUUCAAUGUUAAAGGGGUUAGAAAGAGAAAAUGUUUCUGUAUAAAUUCAUCCCAAAUCAUAAAAAAGUGAAUGUCUGAUUACUCCUAAGACUAAACCGUUUAUAUUUGCAGUAUAACUACAUGUAAAUGUAUGUGCUACAACCAGAACUGUUUACAAACUUGACUGCAUAUCUUAUGUGAUUCUGUAUAGAUAAAAGCUAAUUCCACGAGAGUGUGUCCGAGCUAAAGCUUUCCCACUGGCUGCAAUGUACUAUGGCUCAAAUAAAAUUGUCCAAUGA